AUGACCAUCACCCACAUCGUCCUCUUCCAACUCAAAGCCGGCCUUAGCGCCGAGGUCGUCAACGACGUCUGUACACGCAUGCUGGCUCUCAAGGAUAACUGUAUCCAUCCAACUUCUCAAAAGCCAUAUAUUGUGUCUUCCUCAGGUGGGGUGGAUAACUCGCCCGAGGGGCUUCAGGGGGGCAUAACUCAUGCUUUUGUUGUCGAGUUCUCCAGCUCUGAGGACAGGGACUACUAUGUGGAAAAAGACCCAGCGCAUCUAGAAUUUGUGGGUACUUUGAAGGGUAUUGUAGAGAAAGCGCAGGUUAUUGAUUACACUGCUGGUGUGUUUUAA